GGGAGGAAAGUACUUUGGGAAGCGAGAGGAAACCAUAAAGAAAGGCAGAAGUGCAGCCGGGGUGGGCUGUCGGAGGAGAAUGCACCAAGGCCAGCAGUAGCCCUUCUUGGCAUGACCGUCUGCUGGGAGACAGGGGGGAUCCGGAGACCAAGAGGAAAAUCCUUGUGUGGGGGCUGAGGGCGGCUCGGACGGUCUCUGGGCUGACAGGGAACAAACUGAGCAUGGAGGAGCUGCAUAGCUGGAUCUAAAGGCAUCAGCAGCUCAGACAGGCGGGAUCAAAGCUUCUCUGUGCCGCACCUCAGAGCCAGGAAGGUAUGUGAAGAUGUCGACCUUCCUAGAUCCUGGGAUGCACACUCUCCAGAUAGGUACAAACGGCGAGAGCUCUCAGACGCCGUCCCCGCCCAGUUCCCCGGGAAUGCACAAUGAGAGCUGCAGCAUCGCGCCGCUCACGCCCUCCCAGUCACCUAGGAACGAAGCCCGGGCGCAGCGACCCACUUCCUUCUCCGUGGUGGUGGCCAUUGACUUUGGCACGACCUCCAGCGGCUAUGCCUUCAGCUUCUCCAACGACCCCGAGGCCAUUCACAUGAUGAGGAAAUGGGAGGGGGGUGAUCCUGGAGUGGCCAAUCAGAAAACCCCCACCAGCCUCUUGCUGACCCCAGAGGGCGCCUUUCACAGUUUCGGAUACACAGCGAGGGAUUAUUACCACGAUCUCGAUCCGGAGGAAGCCCGGGAUUGGCUCUACUUUGAGAAGUUUAAGAUGAAGAUUCACAGCACUAGUGACCUCACCAUGAAAACCGAAUUAGAAGCCGUGAAUGGGAAGAAGGUCCAGGCGCUGGAGGUGUUUGCACACGCCCUUCGCUUCUUCAAGCAGCACGCCGUGCAGGAGCUCAAGGACCAGUGUCCGUCUUUGCAAGAGAAAGAGGCCAUCCGCUGGGUGAUUACAGUGCCUGCCAUCUGGAAACAGCCAGCCAAGCAGUUCAUGAGGGAAGCUGCAUACAAGGCCGGCUUGGUUUCCCCCGCGAACCCGGAGCAGCUGUUGAUCGCACUGGAGCCGGAAGCAGCUUCCAUCUAUUGCAGGAAGCUCCGCCUCAAUCAGCUGAUUGACCUGAGCUGCAAACCUCUAGCCAAUGGCCUCGCACCAGAGCUCUCCAUUGACUCCAGCUUCAGGCAGGCCAGAGAGCAGCUCCGGCGUUCCCGGCACAGCAGGACCUUCCUGGUGGAGUCGGGGGUAGGCGAGCUGUGGUCCGAAAUGCAGGCAGGGGACCGUUACAUCGUGGCUGACUGCGGCGGCGGGACGGUGGAUCUGACCGUCCACCAGAUCGAGCAGCCGCAAGGGACGCUCAAAGAGCUCUACAAAGCCUCAGGUGGCCCCUAUGGGGCGGUGGGGGUGGACCUGGCCUUUGAGAUGCUGCUGGGCCAGAUCUUCGGGGAGGAUUUCAUCGCCACCUUCAAGGCCAAGCGCCCGGCAGCCUGGGUGGACCUGACCAUCGCCUUCGAGGCCCGCAAGAGGGCGGCAGCGCCCUUCCGCUCCAACCCCCUCAACGUCUCGCUGCCCUUCUCCUUCAUUGACUUCUACCGCAGGCACCGGGGCCAGAACGUGGAGACAGCGCUCAAGCGGAGCAGCGUGAACUUUGUGAAGUGGUCCUCGCAGGGGAUGCUGCGAAUGUCGUCGGAAGCCAUGAACGACCUCUUCCAGCCGACCGUCAGCCAGAUCAUCCGGCACAUCGACGACCUCCUGAAGAAGCCAGACGUCAAAGGCAUCAAGUUCCUCUUCCUGGUAGGGGGCUUUGCCGAGUCAGCGAUGCUCCAGCACGCCGUCCAAUCGGCCUUCGGCAGCCUGUGUCGCGUCAUCAUCCCCCAGGACGUCGGGCUGACCAUCCUCAAAGGGGCGGUGCUCUUCGGCCUCGACCCCACCAUCGUCAGGGUCAGGCGCUCGCCCCUGACCUACGGCGUGGGGGUACUCAACAAAUUUGUGGAGGGGAAGCACCCCAAGGAGAAGCUGCUGGUGAAGGAGGGGAAGAACUGGUGCACGGACAUCUUUGAGAAGUUUGUCUCCGUGGACCAGUCAGUGGCCCUGGGCGAGGUGGUACAGAGGAGUUACUGCCCAGCCAGGGUGGGGCAGCGGAAGAUCAUCAUCAACAUCUACUGCUGCGCCACGGACGACGUGGUCUACAUCACCGACCCGGGGGUGAGGAAGUGCGGCACCAUCAGCCUGGAGCUGGACGAGCUGGAUGAGCCGAGCGGCCCCAAGAGCCGGCGGCGGGAGAUCCGGGCCAGCAUGCAGUUCGGGGACACGGAGCUCAAGGUGGCAGCUAUGGACGUCAGGACCUCCAAGACGGUCAGGGCUGCCAUCGACUUCCUGUCCAAUUGAGCCCCAAAGGAAGGGACAGCUCAGAGGCUGCAGGGGCAUGGGGCGUGUCUUCCACAACCAUCCGCCCCUCUCCCCUGACAGCACAUGCCUCGGUGCUCACGUCCAUGCGGGUUUCACACCACGAGACGCAGUCACUUUGCAUCCUCAGCAGCAGCGAUACUGGACUUGGAGGAGCUUUACGUUGCCAGGGAACAACGGUUCAUGGACUCACAAACCUAAUCAAGCCAUGGGGAACCCAUGGUCCUCACAGUGGUCAGGGUUCCAGCCAUGCUUUUCAUGUCCCUGCCCCAGACACGCUCCAUCGGAGGAGCCCUGAAUUCACUUGGGGCAUUGCUGUGUCACAAGGCUACCCUCCGCCACAGCAGGGUGAUGCAGAAAAUUGAUCCUACGGGGACACGCCAAGGCAGCGGUGACCCUAAGAACAUAACGGCCAGACUGGGUCAGACCACUGGUCCAUCUAGCCCAGGAUACUGACUUCCAAGGCCAGGUGCUUCAGAGGGAGUGAACAGAACAGGGAAUCGCCGAGUGAUCCAGCCCCUAACCAAGUUUCCAUGAACUCUACGCCAGUAGCUACUGCACUUGAGCUGGACAAUGUUGCCAGCAGCCUCCUUGAAUAGGGAGAAGGACCCUCUGCGUUCACAAGCCCUCUGCUCCUCCAGCCGCAAACCCUUCUUCCUCUCACGCAGAAACAGGAUUUGUUCUUGGCUUGUUUUAGCUUGGGGAAGCUCCCCCUGGCGCGUGAGGCUCAAGCCAGUCAGACUCAUGGUUCGGGUCUCAAAGGCCUCUCAAGAGUGCUCCUUAGCAGGAUCUUCCGCAGAACGCCAACCCAGCACCCAGGCACACGUGUGUGUCUCGGCCAAGUAAAUGCAGAGCCCAGCUGGCAGCAAACGCAGCCUGGUGGCCAGCAGGAGGCGAUGUGAUAAACCGGCUCUGUCUCCAUGAUGCAGGCGCCGUUGCCUGGACGAUUUACUGGCGUGAAGUUCAGAGAGCUCCCCGGCUGAUGUUCUCCUGGUGACCUCUGCAUGCAGCGCAGCAAGUGGCACUCACUCCUCCAGGGACUGAAACCAGUGGGAGCGCUCUGCCCUGGCAGUUCUGUACCCCGCUGGAGCUUGCCACCAGGCACAGAGCCGCAGGAUUGGAGCUGUGGCCCCAGCUUUGGAACAGUCUCCAGGAGGAACCCUUCAGUGCCAGAUCCCCUAGGGGUCUCGUUCUUCCUCCAGGGUGAGCCAUGCUUCACUGCCUCCUUGGGCUGGACCUCCAGGCCUUCAGCAUCGCUUCUUCACCCCGUGAGCUCCGCUCAGCGAGUCCCACUGAGAUGGGCCCCAGGGAGACUUGUACGAUCUUAGGGAGCGACGCAGGGGCACUCACAGAGCGUGGGGAUGCAAUGGGGUUUAUUAGGUGACUGGAACACAGCAGAAGAUGUCCUGGGUUAGCGUGAGGAAAAGAAAGUUAUAGCCCACUCCAUCCUAGUCAGCUUAGAGCCCGGAGCCCUGUCCCUCUGACCUCGCCUUGUCCCAGUUCAGACGGGCCACUACCCCCUGCACUCCUCCCACCCUUUGUUCCCCGCUGGGCAAACACUGCCUGGCUUCCUGCCGAGGGGUGGGCCCUCCAAGGUCCUUGGUUGCUAGGUCUCAAAGUCCCGGGGACUGAAUUUGCCAUUGUCUUCUCAGAUACUCCAUUGAUAUGGGCCCUAACGCCCCAGACAGCUAGGAGCCAUUCACAUCCGUGUCCUCUGCUGAGAGCGGACAGACCAGUCCCCGCCCCCCGCCAAACUAGGUAACAAUGCAGCAUACAGGGGAAACUGAGGCACGCUGGGGCUUCCUAAAAAUAUUACAAAAAUUCCCACUUCACCACACCACCGGCCCCAGCUGACUAGCUUCGCUGGCUCGUUUGGCACCUGGGAGCUGCCUUAGUUGGCUAAUGAAUAUUCUCCUGGCUGGCUAGUCCCUACCCAGGAGUUAAAGGUCAGGAACCUCUUUCCUGGCCCCGCUCAGCCAAAGUGACCACAGACAGACUCCGUCGGGGCAGAAGAAGGGGGAGUUGAUACCAGUUGAUCUGUAGAUUACUGGCAGGGCGUGUGCCUAGGGAGAAAACAAUGGUGACCGGUGACAACGGCUCCUUUCGAUAAGUAUAUGUAUUUUUUUGUAAACCCAAAUUUUUAUUUUUAUAUAUCACAUGUAAACCUCCCCCCCCUCCCCCUCCCAGGUGUAAGAACCAGGCAUUAUGGCUGGAUCUGUGGCACUAGUGAGGCCUUUAUCCCGUAUUUCAGAUAAGUAUGCUAUGUGAUGGA